CCGAGAUCACCGAAGUGUGCAAGCAUGGGUGCCUCUUCUCUGGCCGCACUGGCGCUCGCGCUGGGCUCCGCGACGGCCCUCCAGCUCCCGCGAUCCGCGCGCCGCGCGCGCCCGGCGACGACGACCAUGGCCGUCGAUGGCCUGCGCUUCCUGUCGCCGACGGGCGUCGUCAAGUGCAAGGAGGCCUUCGGCACGCCCUGCUACGUCUACGACGCGCCGACGCUCGUCGCGCGCGCCGAGGAGGCCCUCGCCUUCCCCAACGCCUUCGGCGUCACGGUGCGCUACGCCAUGAAGGCCUGCCCCAACGGCGCCGUGCUGCGCCUCUUCGAGUCGAUGGGCCUCCACUUCGACGCGUCUUCCGUCUACGAGGUGCGGCGCGCGCUGGCGGCGGGCAUCGCGGCGUCGAAGAUCUCGCUGUCGACGCAGCAGUUGGAUGAUGAUUUCGGCGAUCUCGUCAAGGAGGGCCUGAAGGUGAACGCGUGCUCGCUCGCGCAGCUCGAGGCCUUCGGCGCGGCGUUCCCGGGCGCGGACGUCGGCGUGCGCUUCAACCCGGGCGUCGGCUCCGGGGGCACGUCGAAGACGAACGUCGGCGGGCCUUCCAGCUCCUUCGGCAUCUGGCACGAGGACUUUGAUGAAGUGGCGGCCAUCGCGGGCAAGCACGAUUUGAACGUCGUCCGCGUGCACACGCACAUCGGCUCGGGGUCCGACGCGGCGGUCUGGCAGCGCGUGAGCCGCAUGUCGCUGGACCUCUGCGAGCGCCUGGGAGGCACGGUGAAAACCCUAAACCUCGGCGGCGGCUACAAGGUCGGCCGCAUGGCCUACGAGCAGUCGACGGACCUGUCGGUCGUCGGCGAACCGGUGAAAGCGGAGUUCGAGGCCUACGCGGAGCGCACGGGCGACGAGUUGAAGCUCGAGGUCGAGCCGGGCACGUUCCUCGUGGCCAACGCCGGGGCGCUCGUGACGACGAUCCAGGACGUGACGUCGACGAAGGGCUCCGAGGCCGGCAACGACUUCCUGAAAUUGGACUGCGGCAUGACGGAGGUGCUCCGCCCGUCGUUGUAUGGGGCCCAGCACCCCCUCGUCGUCGUGAAGCGCGACGGCACGCUCAACGACGAGCACAAGCCUUAUGUGGUCGUCGGCCACUGCUGCGAGAGCGGCGACCUCCUCACGCCCGCGCCCGACGAGCCGGAGACGCUGGCGUCGCGCGACCUCGCGGCCGCGGACCGCGGCGACCUCAUGGUCGUCGAGUCCGUCGGCGCCUACUGCGCGGCCAUGUCCACGGCGGGCUACAACUCGUUCCCCUCCGCGCCCGAGGUCCUCCACGACAAGGACGGCAACUUCCACCUCAUCCGCAAGCGCUCGUCCCUCGACCAGCUCACGAUGAACGAGGUCGACGUGGACCUGUCCGCGCUCUAGGCGACGCCACACGGGCGCCCCCUAAGCACCUCGCUCCGUU